AUGGAGACAGACGACCUAGAGACACGACAUGUCUCCAUCCAUGAUGGAGACACCGCCGUGUCUCCAUUCGGAUGGAGACAUGGAGAAAUGUCUCUGUCCAAUGUACGGAGUUCCAUGUCUCCGUCCACUGGAUGGAGACAUUUCUCCAUGUCUCCGUCUACUGGAUGGAGACAUGGCGGUGUCUCCAUCCUGGAUGGAGGUGGCUCCGUGUGCCCUGCUCCAACUGGAAGAAAAAGAAGAGGUGGUUCAGGAGGAGUAAACAAACUAUGUGCUGUUUCUCCUGAACUACAAACCAUCGUAGGGCAACCGACUCUGCCAAGGAUUGAGAUCGUGAAGCAGUUGUGGGCUUACAUAAGGAAAAACAACCUUCAAGAUCCAAAUAACAAAAGAAAGAUUAUUUGCAACGAAGAGCUCCGAUUGGUUUUCGAAACUGAUUGUACUGACAUUUUCAAGAUGAAUAAAUUGCUAGCUAAACAUAUAAUCCCUCUCGAGCCUACAAAGCAGACUGUUCAAAAUUCUAAGAAACCUAAAGUCGAUGUCGAAUAUAGGAGCCAAAAUGAUGACCCCGUCCCAAUUGUGACAAUAUCUGAAGCCCUUGCGAAUUUCUUUGGAAUCGACGAACGAGAAAUGUCAUAA